AUGUCGGUAUUCGGGAAGCUGUUCGGGGCCGGUGGGGGGAAGGCCGGCAAGGGCGGCCCGACCCCCCAGGAGGCCAUCCAGCGGCUGCGGGACACGGAGGAGAUGCUAAGUAAGAAGCAGGAAUUCCUGGAGAAGAAGAUCGAGCAGGAACUGACGGCCGCCAAGAAGCACGGCACCAAAAACAAGCGCGCGGCUCUUCAGGCUCUAAAGCGCAAAAAGAGGUAUGAAAAACAGCUGGCACAGAUUGACGGGACGCUCUCAACCAUCGAGUUCCAGCGAGAAGCCCUCGAGAAUGCCAACACCAACACUGAGGUGCUCAAGAACAUGGGCUAUGCUGCCAAGGCCAUGAAGGCUGCUCACGACAACAUGGACAUCGAUAAAGUUGACGAGUUAAUGCAAGAUAUUGCUGACCAGCAAGAACUUGCAGAAGAGAUUUCAACAGCUAUUUCAAAACCUGUAGGGUUUGGAGAAGAGUUUGAUGAGGAUGAGCUCAUGGCAGAAUUAGAAGAACUAGAACAAGAGGAACUAGACAAGAAUUUGCUGGAAAUCAGUGGACCCGAAACAGUUCCUCUACCAAAUGUUCCUUCUAUAAAUCUACCAUCAAAACCCACCAAGAAGAAGGAAGAGGAGGAUGAGGACAUGAAGGAAUUAGAGACCUGGGCUGAAACCAUGUAACCGGUCCAGCGCACACUGGGCCCAGACAGACCCUGGCGGCCUGCGCAGGAGGCAGGCGUGUACGUGUGCGUGUGCAGGGCAGGCAGGACGUGGUGCAGGCAGGCUCCAUGGCUCUCCCAUCUCCCUCCAAAGCAGUAGGGCCACAUCACUGCGCUCUCUCUGCAUAGCAUGGUCUGCUCCUAGUGGGAUGGGUGGGGGGAGGAGGGUGGGAGGUGCCUGCUGUUUAUAAUGUUGAAUUUCUGUAAAAUAAACUACUUGCAAAUCCAACAUUGAGCUUCUGGACUACGCUAACUCCACUGCUGAGCCUCAAUGGAAAGGGUCAACCGUUGGCGAUUUAAAUGAUGUGAAAAUGUAGCCUCUGACCUUUUAAGUCAAUUGGACUUGUUGCAUAUCUCUUUGUAAGACUUGUAUGGUACAGGCAGAAAAGUCGUUUUUAAAAGCCAUAGGCUUUUCCUUGUCAUUAGCUGUCUCCGCCACCUGUGUUUCUGUCCUGUCACCUGUGUACUUACUGCCCCUUGUGUUUACCUCUCUGACCCGCUUCUCUCUCUGCUCCCCUGGUCUUUUGGAGUUUGUGACACUGAUUUGAAAUGGGUGGUGUUCUCUUGAGAGCAAGUGAGAUUGUUAGAAUUAAAUUCCAGCUAAACAUUUUUCUAACAUAGCUCUAAGGUCCUUGUUGCUGUUUGUGAUAACUGAUAGAUAACUCAUUGGAAACAUGUGCAUACAUUUAUAUUCAGAUGAAAUUAUGGUUUGCACUGUCUAUUAAAUAUCUCAAUUAAUUUUCAUA